AUGGAUCAGUCCUGUCAGACCGUCAUCUUUCAACUGCCAAAUGAGAGUAUUGUUUAUGAAGUUCUCAAAGAUGUCCGACAUUUCUAUAUGCCGAUCCACACCUAUCUCUCAAUCUUCAUGUGCAUCCUCGGAACGAUCACCAAUUUCUGCAAUAUUGUGGUUUUGACGAGACGACAAAUGCGAACACCGGUAAAUAUGAUCUUGACGGCGAUGGCGUGCUGUGAUACCGUGGUUCUAUUCUCAAAUUUGAUUUUCACCACCCACUACUCAUUCGUCGCUUUUAAGGAUUGUCAUCCCAGACACUGGAGCUACGGGUGGUCGCUAUUUUUGAUAGCUCAUGCUCAUUUGUCUUUGGUCGGCCAUUCGUCUUCUGUAUGGCUGUCCGUGAUGCUAGCAGCCAUUCGGUAUCAAACGCUGCGAAGUCGAGGGACUGCCGGCGGGCGACCGGUCGGGUUGAAGCAUUCGUACGUGGCCAUAGCAGGGGUCAUUUGUUUUGUGACAAUGUUGAAUACACCAAACUACUUUACGUACAAGAUUACGGAGGAUCCAUUGUAUAAUUGCUGUAACUUGCCGGAUAAUUCGCCGCUGCGAAGUACUUACUGUUAUUUGCCAAAAGUUGCAGAUAUUGCUCGAGCUAAUGAAUGUUUGGUGUUCCGACUAGCAUUCUGGAUGAGCGGUGUCAUGUUCAAGCUCAUUCCUUGCCUCUUGCUCUCGCUGCUGGUGUGGCUUUUGCUCCGGAUUCUGAGAGAGGUAAAAGAAAACCGACAUCGUCUGCUUCGCGGAUCACGGCACAAUGUUGCUCCCCAGACCAAAGCAAACGGUGACACCAAAUUACAACGAAAUGGCAGUCAUCGCGGCGGACGUGGCGAGCGUACAGACCGUACCACCCAAAUGCUGCUCGCUAUCGUGUUCGUGCUCCUCGUCACGGAGCUUCCCCAGGGUGUUAUGGCCAUCCUGUCCGGAAUCUUUUCCGAGGAAUUCCGAGAAAACAUCUACAACAACGUUGGCGACUUCUUGGAUCUGUUGUCGCUGUGCGGCGCCUGCACCAGCUUUAUCAUAUACUGCACGAUGAGCGGGCAGUUCCGGAAUGAAUUCCGACGCGUUUUCCUGCCGACAACGUUGGCUUGCUCAAAACGAGCAAACAGUAUGCGUAGAAUGUCUUCGGAAGCAUACACAAAAAUGACGCUGUUUCCACCGAGUCGAGCUGAUGGCGUCAGCGGAUCGUUCGCGACGCCGUCACCCGAUGAGCGUUCGCUGGCCAUUACCGUAGUCGGCUCGAGUCAGCAGAUCCGACGCAACCUGUCACCCAGCCCGAUGCCGGUAACACCCGGAUCUUCGAGUGAAUGUGAUCGGGAACAAGCCGAAGACGUUCAGCAACAACCACCUGUUGAUGAUCAACAACACGAUCGCGAUACGAUAGAAUCUAUCGACAGCGAGCCGGUUGACAAAGAACAGCCGGAAGAACCGCAUGAAGCCACUCUUCUACUCAAUGGCCAUCCAGUAUCUUAUUUA